UUGAUUAGCGAGUUAUUAGAGAUAUUAUAUUAAUAGUUCGUCAUUAAAUUAAAUAUUCCAAUGCUUUAUCAAACAUUUAUUUACACGCUUUAAAAUCGAAUUACUCCCUGUAUCGUGAAUCUGUGAGUAGAAAUUAGAAAAACGGAGCUUUACGAAACUCCGAGUCAUUUGAAUCAAAUGUUUCUUGAUUCAGUUUUUCGAAUCGCGCGAAUCACUGCGCGCCGACGUCAUCUGCCGGUCAAAACAGUGGAAAUUAAACGAAGCAACAAAUAUGAGGGGAUCUAAGGUCACCGUCUGUCCCUCAGACUGACUCCCUCAGCAGUGCACUGAAUGGACAAAGUGUCCAAACACUGAGGAAAACUCCUGCUGAAGCGACUGAUCUCCACACUGUUAUGAAGAUGGCAUUUAUUAAAGUGGAGAGUGAAGAUGUGAAGAUUGAAGACACAUUCACAGUCAAACAUGAAGAUCCAGAGGAACAAACAGAACUGAUGGUGCUCAAAGAAGAGUUUCAAGAUCUGAAUGAAAUGGAAGAGAAUCAGUUCGAGAGACACCAGGAUUCAAUGACUGAUGAAAAUUCCACUAAGACAAAGAAGAGUUCAGCACAUAAACGAGCUCAGAAAAACAAUUUCACCUGCUGUGUUUGCGGAAAACCUUUUUCUCAAAAACACAACCUUAAAGUCCACAUGAGAAUUCACACUGGAGACAAGCUUUUCACAUGUGAUCAGUGUGGCAAGAGUUUCACUCAAAAGUCGAAAAUCGACGUCCACAUGAGAGUCCACACCAGUGAGAGACCGUACUCAUGUCCUCAGUGUGGAAAGAGUUUCCGUCAAAAACAGCACCUUAAACUCCACAUUAGAGUUCACACAGGAGAGAAGCCAUUUCCGUGCCAACAGUGUGGAAAGAGAUUCAAUCAACUACAAGCGCUUCAAAGUCACUUUACAAUUCACACUGGAGAGAGACCUUAUGCCUGCCCUCAGUGUGAGAAGAGUUUCCGUCAAAGACCGUCACUUGAAAAACACUUAAAGGUUCACUCCAGAGAGAAACCGUUCACCUGCUCUCAGUGUGGAAAUGGUUUUACUCAAAAGGAGCGUCUUCAAAACCACAUGAGGAUUCACACUGGAGAGAAGCCUUUCACGUGCCCUCAUUGUGAAAAGACUUUUGCUCAUAGAAGCAACCUUUACUUCCACGUGAGGACUCACACCGGAGAGAAGCCUUUCGUCUGCACGCACUGCGGCAAAACCUUUAGAUGUAAAAACUCUCUUAUUAGCCACAUGAGGACUCACACUGGAGAGAAGCCGUUUGCGUGUGAUCAGUGUGGGAAGAGUUUCUCGAGAGAGUUUAACCUUAAGUGUCACAUGAGCAAUCACACCGGAGAGAAACCGUACACGUGUGGUCGGUGUGGAAAGAGUUUCGUGCGUAAAGACACUCUUAAUAGGCAUGAAUUGAUUCACUCUAAAGGUAUUAAAUGUAAGCAGUGUGGAAAGAGUUUCAAUCAUAAAACCAGCUUCAAGUCGCACAUGAGGCUCCACUCUGGAGAGCAAGGGUGAGUGUUCAAAACCUUUGCUCACGUACCUCUUUAAAUAACCACUUGAGUAAUAACGUUCUAGCGACAGCUACCUUUAUUGUAAUGACUUUACUAGGUAUGCAUACUUAAUUCCAUGGUCUGCUAAAAUUCUUGAUUCUGAUUGGCUUGGAGGUGUGCAAUAAAAUCGUUUAAAGCCCCGGUCAGAUCACACGAAGUUGUCUUGAUUUCACCACGAUUUCCUUGAGGUAGGCCAGGGAUCACCAAACUUGUUCCUGGAGGUCCGGUGUCCUGCAGAUUUUAGCUCCAACUCUAAUCAAGCACACCUGAACAAGCUAAUCAAGGUCUUACUAGGUAUACUUGAAACACCCAGGCAGGUGUGUUGAGGGAAGUUGGAGGUAAACCCUGCAGGGCACCGGACCUCCAAGAAAGAGAUUGGUGACCCCUGACGUAGGGUGUCGUGGAGAUUUGUAAACGACA